AUGUCCCAGCAGCAGCACACGUACGCGAGCAAGCUCAUCGUACACAUCCUUGCAGCUGCAGUUUCACUCACCCUCAUCACAGACACCCGGCACGGCAAGUGGACGCACUUAGCCAUGGACUACGGAGACACUGCAGGCAGCGGUGGCGGUAUCCCUCUCGACACGUUCAACAGGAACACGCCACCAGGAUGGCGGCCAGGCAACGGCAAGUACCCGCUGCGCCGCUACAUCCAGCUGCUUAGGUUAUGGUGGAGGCAGACAGAUCUGCCAGAGCACGCAGCUGGCCCAGCAAUGGCAGGACGUCUCAGAGGUUCGGCGUUCCAGAUAGCUAUGAAGAUGAAGCGCGAUAGACUGGACCUCACUGUAGGAAAGCGACGUGAUAUGGAAGGAGACGAACUGCUAGCUCAGCCUUCACAUCCAGAAUGGCAAGACUCUGAAGGCGUCCAACACCCCGCGGAGCCAGCUGGAGCCUCGAUCCUGAUGGACAUUCUUGUUCAAGAGUUCGAGGUUCAAUAUCAAGAUAUGUCAAUCGUGGCUUUGUCAAGUUUCUUCUCACUCACCAGAGGCCAUCUUCCGAUGAAUGACUUCCUCACGAUGUUUCGCCUGUGCUUCGAGGAGGCCUCAGACAAAGGAGGCCUGCAGCUCAACAACGUCGGUAAGAGUUUCCUCCUGCUCCAGAUGUCAGGCUUAUCAGAAAAGAUGCGGACCGACCUACGUAUGCAGAUUCAAGGAGACCUCAAUCGUUUCCCCGAGCUCAUUGCCUUGAUGCAGAGAAUGGCUAAUCACGAGUAUCAAGGCACGACAUCUUCGAUUCCAGCCAUGGUCUCACAGUACUGGACAGACGAAGGUACCUACUGGGAGUCGGAUUACGACUCUCCUGAGACAUGGGCUUCAGACGGAUCAUGGAUGUGGGUCGGCUACGGCGAGGACGAAUGGCAGGACGGAACGUGGUACGACGACGGCGCGGACUGGGAGACCAGUCACGACGAGGAGCACGGCACCUAUGACGAGGAGUACGAGGAAUACACUGAGGAGGACUACUACGGCGGAG